CUACGGUUCAGUCUCUAACGAACUCUCUCACCCGUCUCUGCAAACUGUAACCUGUUUCCAAUGGCGGCUUUAACCCGCCUUGCAAAGCCCUCGUUUGCACCACACUCCCCUAUCUCAUACCUGAGCCGGUGCUUGUAUUCCGGCCUAGGAUCCGAGCCCAGUUCUCACGCCGCGGCGUCUUACAGCCCGCACUUGGGGCCCAAGCCCACUCUCUCGGUCAAGGAUCCGAAGGACCGGAACGUACAGUGGGUGUUCUUGGGGUCGCCGGGAGUCGGAAAAGGCACGUACGCCAGUCGUUUAUCUAAUCUCCUCGGCGUGCCUCACAUCGCCACCGGAGAUCUCGUCCGCGAAGAACUCGCUGCCUCCGGUCCUCUCUCUCAACAGUUAUCGGAGAUUGUGAACCAGGGGAAGCUGGUUUCCGAUGAGAUUAUAAUAAACUUGUUGUCCAAGAGAUUGGAGGCUGGAGAGACUAAAGGCGAGUUAGGUUUUAUUCUUGAUGGUUUUCCACGAACCAUUAGACAAGCGGAAAUAUUGGAAGGAGUGACGGAUAUUGACUUGGUGCUAAAUCUGAAGCUCCGGGAAGAUGUGUUGCUUGAGAAAUGCCUAGGUAGACGAACCUGUAGUCAGUGUGGGGGAAAUUUCAAUGUGGCCUCGAUUAAUGUCAAGGGCUCGAAUGGGAGUCCUGCAAUUAGCAUGGCUCCGCUUCUUCCCCCUCAGCAUUGUAUGUCAAAGCUUGUUACUCGGGCGGAUGAUACUGAGGAAGUGAUUAAAAAUCGGAUUGAUAUAUACAAUGAGAAGAGUCGGCCUGUAGAAGAAUUCUACCGUAGUAGGGGAAAAUUGUUGGAGUUUGAUUUGCCUGGAGGAAUUCCAGAGUCUUGGCCAAAGUUGCUUGAAAUUCUUGAUCUUGAUGACUACAAGGAGCAGCAGUCUGCUGCAGCCUGAUAAUUAUCCCGUUUAAAGGUGAUUAUGCCAUUCCCUGGGCGCAUGAAGUGUGUGCUGGGGUUUUGGACUCUUUUGAUUUUUGGGUCAGUUUUCUCAUAGAGAAAAUUUUGUUCUACUGUAUUGGAGAAUUUCCAUGAGUAUUUGUUUGGUUGAGGGACAAUCUAUUUACUAACAAUUUUGUUGCAGCAAUAAGCCUCAGUGAUGGAGGCUGGAUGAUUAUACAGUAUUGUUGUAACUUAUAGACUUAUAGUUGAUCAAUAUAUCAAAUUGCAUCUUGUGGGGAUCAAUUACCCCUCGAUAAAACUUGUUCCUCCAGAUUAGCUUUUCAUGUGGAACUUCCUAUUUAAUCUAUUGUAUGUAAGAUGAAGCAGUCAGCAAAGAUAUGGUAUGUAUAAUUUGAUAUAUAGUUUUAUUCAGUGAUUAGAUUUGGAUAUAUAGGUUUAUUCAGUCAGUCUAUUCUUUAUCAGAGUUCCUUGCAGCUGGCCGAGCUGGUUGGCUUUAGUAUUGCCAAUCAGGAAGUUAACAGCUGCAGAUAUUGAAUUGUGGCACAAUACCAGCUCUUGACUGCACAAGUUUUAGUGGUGCAAGAUAGAAUGUGCAGCACAUUGUACCUAAUCAACUUCUUUACACUUUUGUGAUCUUGUACAUGAAAUUAUUGCGACUGUAUUGUAGAUCCAUGGCUUAGAUUAUAUGGAAUUAUGUAUGCGUGUGUCUGAAUUAUGUACUUAAAAGGGUUAGGUGUUGUCUCUUUUAAUGAUAUCUGGAACUUUGAAAAUAAUUUGAAGUCUGUGCAGAAGAUUGUGUUUAAUU